GAUUGCGGUCAUCUCAAUCGAUCAACGUGACGUUUCAAUUGGAUCGGAAAGCCAUUAAGAGUUGAUCGCUCAUCGAAGAACUUACGUUUGUUCUAUUCACGCCUAAUUGAAACCAGUUUUAAGUUUUAUUAUCAUAGCAUCUAAUUAUCUAUUACAAUGGAACCAGGACAGCUUAGCAAGGAUCAGAAAAAACAGCUUAAAACAGCUUUUGAUGCAUUCGACAAAGAGAAAAAGGGAGCCAUCAGCACAAAUGAUGUACCAACUAUUUUUGAUAUGAUGGGUCUUGAAGUUGAAAAUCAAUCUGACAUUACAAAUGCAAUAUCUGAAGUAGAUCUUUUCAGUUCCGGAGAGUUGAAGUUUGAUGAUUUUUGCUCAGUAGCAGCUAGAUUUAUGGAAGAGGAUGUAGAUAUUGAAGCAUUAAAGUCAGAAUUAAAAGAAGCAUUCCGGCUUUACGAUAGGGAAGGUAAUGGAUAUAUAACGACUGACUGCUUUAGAGAAAUUCUAUCUGAAAUUGAUGAAAACCUCACUGAUGAUGAGUUGGACAUGAUGAUUGACGAGAUUGACGCUGAUGGCUCUGGAACCUUAGAUUUUGAAGAAUUUGUUGAAGCGAUGACGCAUUAACGACUCUAGGAUUUAUAACAGACUGAAGAAAAAUCACCAAAAAAAUUCUAAUAAACUAUGCUCACAAUGAUUAUUGUACUAUUUUAUUUGUAAUAAAAAGUUUCAAAACAAUACAA